UCUCCUUUUAGGGCAUAGAAACCAUUUACCAUUUCCCUUUCCUCUUUCGCACUGCACUGCUGCACUUCGCAAAAUUUGUUCUGAUAAGUUUUGUUGAAUCAAUAAUUAUUCGCUGCCAAGGCGAUAAUUUAUAGGUGUUGAGACAUCUUACGUGUUGGGGUCACACGCAAGUCAUAUAAUUCAAAUGCUAACACUUGGUUUGAAAGGCCUUCAACGAUGUCGAACUUUUUGGAGCAGUUGCCCAAGCAUCUGCAGGAGCUUGCCGAGCGGGUAAAUGUGCUCACUCCCGAGGCAAUAUUAACCACGCCUAGGAUUAAGUUCAUGGACACCCGCUCCUGUGACCUGGAAACUUGUGUGCAUAGAUGCAGUCCGGAGGAUGUGCGCAUUUUAAAGGACGCAGCUGCCAAGUGGCUUGCAGAAACCCCUGUAUCAGCGGAUUCUUUAUUUAAAAUACCCGCUCGCUUGAAGUGGUCACGUGUGACCUUUGGCUGUGCCUCGCUAGAUCAGUGCACUGGCGGCGGUGUUUCGAUACGUGGCAUAACUGAAAUCUGUGGAGCCUCAGGCGUGGGAAAAUCUCAGGUGCUCCUGCAGCUGUCGCUCAGUGUGCAGCUGCCACCGAGACUAGGCGGCUUGGGCAAAGGCGUGGCCUUCAUCUGCACUGAAGAUGCUUUUCCAUCCCGGCGUUUGCUGCAGAUUAGCAAAGCAUUUGAGGCACGCUAUCCGGAGGAGCAGCUUAACUUUUUGGGUAACAUCUAUAUUGAGCAUCAAUACGAAAGCCAACCACUGCUUGACUGCAUCAGCAAUCGCCUGCCGCAACUGCUGCAGGAGCAAAGCAUUGGCUUGAUCAUCAUUGAUUCGGUGGCCGCUAUCUUUCGCCUAUACACCGACUUCGAGCAGCGUGCGCGCGAUAUGCGCCGCAUGGUGCAUGCGCUACUCAGCUAUGCGGAUAAGUACGACUGUGCAGUGCUGUGUUCCAAUCAAAUGACUUCUAGUGAGAAGGCGGAUCAGAAGACUUUGGAGGAUGUGCCUUGCUUGGGCUUGCAGUGGGCAAAUCUAGGUCGAACACGCAUGCGCAUAUCCAAGGUGCCCAAACAGUUCAAGCAGGGAGAUCAGCUGCUUACAGUGCGCAAGCUAGAAGUCCUGUACUCUCCCGAGACUCCAAAUGCAUUUACCGAGUUUUUGAUUACCGCAGAUGGCGUGGUAAAUGUGCCAAAGCCAUGCCGACCACUCGCCCAUAUUAAAAGAAAACAUGAUUUAAUUUGCUGAAUUGUUUAUUUUAAUUUAUGAAGUGAAAAUAUUUAACGGCUACUGAUCUGCGCGUUAUAGUUUUCUUUUUAUUUUUUUUUGUACACUCACAUUAAAUAUGUAUAUUUUUCUUUUAAUUUCCAUAUGUAGUAGCAAUUUACACUUAGGACUGUUUCUGCUUAAACACUUGUAGUUAAUAGUUAGUGUAGUUAAAUUAAAUUUGUAAUUAACAUGAAUUCACCAAUUGUUGUUGUCUGUUGUUUUUGCUGUUAUUGACGCGCUUCCUUUCACUCUACCCUUUCGUAUACUUUAUCACAUGAAAUUUUCGAAAGUUAAAAUUACAAUUACAAUAUUGUUUUUGUUUUUUGUUUGGAUUUAUUUUUAAAACAGCACAUUAAACAUUUAAAUGCGUUUCUAAUGGCAACAUUUACAAAGCCUAUACUUAAGAUUAGUGCUUAAGCAUACAAGUACAUACAUACAUUCAAUAAAUUACAUAAAUAUGCGUAAAUGCCUUAAACUAACAA